AACUAAAUGCUGAUUAAAUAAAUAUUAGGAGAGGAGAACACAGACCGUAUCGUCUUCCGCUUCCUCUUCUUCACAUUGAGAAGGCUUUCUCUCGGGCGGAGCGUCAAAUUCGAGGUUGAAACUUCGCCUCCUUCCCUCCACCUUUGCGGCGAAAGCAUCUGUGCAUUAGCCGCGGCGCGCUUGAAAUUCUGAGAAUUGGGGGAACGUUCUGCCAGGUCUUGGUGUCGAUGGGAGCCCGCGUGAACGCGGACGGGACGAACGGCAGUCCCUUACCUGCCGGAAGCGGUGGAGGUGGUUCAUCAGCUUUAAGAAACUCUACCGAUGGUACCGCGGCGGCGGCGCAGGCGCUGAAGCAUAACCCUGGGUUGUCGAUUGAGUGGUCCGCCGAGGAGCAGGCGACCUUGGAAGAAGGGCUUAGCAAGUAUGCUUCUGAAACAAUUCUGAUCUGCUAUGCAAAAAUUGCCAUGAAAUUGCAUGACAAGACAGUUCGUGAUGUGGCAAUGCGGUGUAGAUGGAUGACGAAAAAGGAGAACAGCAAGAGGAGGAAAGAAGAGCACAAUCUGGCAAGAAAAAGCAAAGAUAAAAAGGAGAGGGUUUCAGAUGCUUCUGCAAAAGCGCUAAGCUACAUUGGAACACGUCCUAAUGUUCCUACAUAUCCACCGCCAAUGCUCCCAGUCGAUGAUGAUGACAUUGCUUAUAAAGAUAUUGGUGGACGAACAGGAGAGCUUCUUGAGAGUAAUGCAGAGGCCUUCAGUAAAAUAUCAGCAAAUUUUACUAACUUAAAGAUACAAGACAACAUCAACCUGUUUUGCCAGACACUGGACAAUAUACUAUCAGUCUUGAAAGACUUGACCGAUAUGCCUGAAAUAAUGAAGCAGAUGCCAUCACUUCCAGUGAAGUUGAACGAAGAGCUUGCCAAAUCGAUCCUGCCAAGGCCAAAUAUGUAGACUGAUCCAUGGCCACCUCGUUGCUCUGCCCAAGGAAAUCAAACACUUUUCUGGUUGAAAUAGGCAGUUAGUACCAGUGGUAAUCUAUCUGUUGCCCUGGUCGUUGUAAUAAUGUUAAUAAUGUUCUUUGGUCAGCCGAUUAGUACAUAUUGUCUACAGAUAACCUAAGCAGUCAAGGAUUUUUUUUUUUGGUUAGAAUUGAUGAUUAAUUAGUCUAAUGCACAGUUAGUAAAUAGCCUUAACUCUAUGUGUUUGUUCUGAAAUUGUCAGUGAUUAACCAGAUUUAGUGGACCUUAAUGUUCAAAGGUACCUUUAAUUUAAUAUUGCAUCUCUAUUUUGUUCCCA